CAAAUUGGAAAAAUUAUUAAUUUAUGAACGACAGAACAGUUUUACGAUUUAUGGACAUUUCGAGGUGUUAUGACAGAUAUAAGACAAUGUUGAGGGUGGGGUGCACAACAAGGACAGCCAAUGUGCUACAGAAAUGACUGAGUUUAGCCCUACUGGAAUUAAAUUAAGAAGAUUCUUGCUGAUCUUUUUCAUCUGCGGAAUUUCUUGGUUUGUUUACAAACGUCAUGUCACCCAUCAAGAACAAAGGUCCAAUCUUCUGGAGUGGUUAAGAGAAAACGGACUAACCAACAUUGCUACAACUGUUCUCAAUACAGGUGUACACAGUGUUGAAGAAUUAGCUAAUAAAGCUUCAACUGACUACGAAUUCCGAAUACAAGCUCUAAAUAAAGAGGCAGAGGAGCGUAUAGAAGAAGGCAUAAACAAAGCCAGAGAUUACCUACAAUUUAAGCACUGGCUCACAGACAACCAGUUGGGCCAAUUUUUAGACAAAUUAAAGCGACUAAAAGUACAGAGCCUGCAUCAGUUAUGUAAUACUGAAGGUGUCAUUCUCAAGGAGUUAUUGGAAGAUGCUUCGCUUGCAGAGAAUUAUGAGGAUUUCUACACAGCGUUAGAUCAAUUGAGAGCCGAUACGAGUCAAUGUACCCCUCCAUACAGUCAAUAUACAUAUAAAACUGGAGAUAAUUCACUGCUAUCGCUGGUAUAUUUUAGUUCAAUUACCUUUACUCUUGCAACAAUGGUGUAUGUGGCAACCACCACUGUGAUGUCAUGGCGACAAGGCAACCCUGGCAGCGGCACCAAUAGCAAGUACAAAACCAGCAGUAUACUUGAGUAUGUCAUGGGGAACUACCUAGAACCAAAGAAGUGUAAAGUUCAUUGGGAAUGGGAGGAGCCCCAAACUGUUGGCAAAACUAUGACAUUCCAAAUAAAGUUCUUCCAGAAGAAUGGAAGAGCCUAUCCUAUCUCAGAUGCAGAUAAUCUCGUAGUUGAGAUCAUGAAUAUGAACAACCGCAUGACAGCCUCCGUGCAACACGGGAGCAGCAAGUCUGCAGAGGCCAACACGUCGCACGUCAUGUUUACUGUACAUAAAAGUGGGGAGUAUAAAAUCUCAAUCAUGGUCGGGGCCACACAUAUAAAAGGCAGCCCAUUUAUAAAGGAGUUUGACCCUGGUCCCAUAGACGCGUCAAAGACUCGGAUAGCCAAUCACAGCUCAGUGAUUGUAUGUACCCAGGGACAAGAUCGCCCUCUAGUGAUAGAACCAAGAGACCAGUAUGGCAAUUUAUGUAAAUACGUCGUCGACUCUGCGGAGCACCACUUCAAUGUCAGUAUAACAGAACCAAACAGUGGGGCGACAACCUGUCAUAAUGGCCGACUAGUGUAUGAGUCAUCAACUAAGCACAUUACAAUGCAACUAAAGCUCUCAGAUGAGGGAUGCUACAAGGCAGUAGCUACAUAUAAAAAUACUAAACUUCACAAUGGAGAGUUCAGUAUCUUAGUCUUAAAUGAAAAUGAUAGUAACCUAGUUAAGAAAAAUACCGCCAAAAAAAGCCACAACAUUUGGUACGAAGGCCGUCUGCUCAGCUCGAACAAUGAAAAACUUUCAAAAGCAAAGAAAGUCUUCUGCUAUAUAUCUCCAAAACAACUCACCAUCAAAGAAUUUUAUCUGAAGAUCAUCCCUAAACGACUAUUCACAUUCCGGGUUUGCCCUUCGACCAAAUUCCUAUUCAAAGGCUACAGCAACCACUACGACGCCCCUGUGCUAACUAUAGAUGAUGGGGCUCAACCACCGCUAGAACUUGCCACUAAAGACAGAGGAAUCAUAGCUGCUACAUUUACUAACUUUUUACUUAAAAAUAUAGGUGGGUCUGAGACAUUCAAAGACAAGCAGGACUUUUUCUACCAUGAGGUGAGACAGCUGCACCGAAGGAGAGACACCAAGUUAUAUGUACAAGUACAGAGAGCUAACAUUUUAGAGUCUUCAAUGAAGGCAUCUAAGAAUUGGAGCACAUCAGAUUGGUGCCGGAACUUUGAAGUGACUUUCCAGGGAGAAGCAGGUUUGGAUUGGGGUGGUGUACGCCGUGAAUGGUUUGAGCUGGUGUGUAGUGAACUAUUUGACCCCAGCAGUUCAGGUCUAUUUACCAGGUUCACAGAGGAUAACCAAGGCCUGGUCCAUCCAAACCACAAAAGAGUUAACUACUCAAAGUUGAAGUAUUACGAAUUUGCUGGUAAGGUAGUAGGGAAAUGUCUGUAUGAGUCAUCACUUGGUGGUAGCUAUAGGCAGAAUGUCAAGGCAAAGUUCACACGCUCAUUCCUGGCACAAAUCAUUGGACUGCGGGUCAGCUAUAGGUAUUUUGAGCAGGAUGAUCCGUCUUUCUACAUGAGCAAAAUCAAAUACAUAGAAGAGAAUGAUAUCACCGAUAUGGAACUACUUUUUACGGAGGAUGAAUAUGACAAUGCAGGGAAAUUAGAACAGGUAAUUGAAUUAAAACCAGGAGGAGCAAAGACAAAGGUAACCAACAAGAACAAGCUGAAAUAUCUGGACAAGCUGGCGCAACAUAGACUGGCUAACUGUAUCAAGGAUGAGAUGGAAGCCUUCCUAAAGGGACUUAAUGACCUCAUUCCUGACAACCUGUUAGGCAUCUUUGAUGAAAAUGAACUUGAGUUGUUGAUGUGUGGCACCGGUAGCUAUAGUGUCGCUGACCUGAAACAGUUUCAUACAGUAACCACCCACACACAAGAGUUCACACAGGUUUUAAAAUGGUUCUGGACGAUUGUGUCAGGAUUUACGCAGGAAGAGAUGGCCAGAUUAUUGCAGUUCACAACAGGAUGUUCCCAGCUCCCUCCUGGGGGGUUUGCAGAGCUGAACCCCCACUUUACCAUAUCACCCUCACCAAUGUAUGGUGUUCUACCUACAGCACACACAUGUUUCAACCAGCUGUGUCUUCCAGACUAUGACAGUAUCGACCACUUUCACCAGUCUUUGGUGAUAGCCAUCAAUGAGGGAAACACAGGCUUUGGCAUGGUGUAACAUGCUUUGGUAUAGUGUAACACAGGCUUUGGCAUAGUGUAUCAUGUGCUUUGGCAUGGUGUAGCACAUGUUUGCCAUAGUGUAAUAAAUUCUUUGGCAUAGUGUAACACAUUUUUGGAAUGGUGUAA